AAGAAAGAGCUCGCGUGUGAUGUGUUUGUUUAUCCUCAGUGUUUUUCAUUGAGUGUAAACAGAGUCUUGUCUCUGUGUAUUUAAGUGUUUAGAAGUUUAUGAUGAGAUGUACUGUGAAUGAGUAUGAACUGAUCUGUCCAUGCUGGAUAUAUUGAUGAUUUCAUCACAGAAAUCUCUCAGCUGAAGAAAGAGGUGGCGUUACUGGAGACAAAACUGAGGUCACGAGGAGAGAUUUAGCAAUGAAACGAGAGAAGCGAUUUCAUCGCCACUCACACUACCGCAGUAAGCCAGCCCACUUUCAUCAACAGGCCACCUAAUAAGCAGUGUUGGGCAAGUUACUUCCAAAGUGUAAUACAUUAUAUAUUACAAAUUACUGUCAUUUGAAAGUAAUUAGUUACAUUACAAUAUUACUGACUCUGAACUGUAAUGAGUUACACUACUUUUACGUUACUUUUGAGUUACUUUCAUCAAAAUAACAGAAGUAUGACUAGGCAUUAUAAAAUGUUAAAAUGCAGUUUAUUGAUGCUUAUAAAUCUAGAAGUUAUGUGUUGGCCCUCGAGCUUUGAAUAGGCACAGAAUAUGGCAAAAAAACAGUAACAAUGACUGUCAGAGUCAUAAACAUAGACAAAUGAUCUGGUAAAAGUCUGGUAAAUUAUGGUAGACAUACCAAACACAAUAAAGCUAGAGCCCACUGUAAUGCAAACUAUAGACUAAUAACAUGGCAGGACAUGCAACCUCUUUUCAUUUCUAUUCUUUAAUUCACUUUUAAUUCAGAUUCACAGCACAAACCUGGCAUGCAUUGGGUUGACACAACUUAUCAAAAAGUGCUAUUGGAGGAUCAGGCCUCAAGGAAAACAGCUCAUUUCAGUAUAAUAUAAGGAUUACAUGUAGACUAACAUAUAAAACAUAGACAAACAGAGGAACACUGCUUUUUGCCAAACAUUGCAUAUAGGCUCCCAUACAAAGGCUGGUAAAAACUUUAAACAGUGAUGUUUAAAUAUACUAUUUAAAUAUUCAUGUUUAAGUCUACAUUAAUGUUAUGUUGUAGUUUAGGUUGCUGUUUGUAAUAAAACUGUAGAUAGCAUAGGAAUAGCCUAGCAAUCUAUUAUGCAUAUGGACUGUAACCAUAGCUUACCUUAUCAUUGCUGGUGUGGUGAAAUGGAUUUUACUGGCAAGAUUUUUAAAAGUCUCUUUACUUCUGAGGUUCAAGCAGCACAGGAGACCGAUAGAAACGUUCUGUUGCUUUUUGCUCUCAUUCGCAGAAUUUUGCGUGUGCGGCGCUACCGGACCUGAUUGCGACCACUUUAGUCGAUGCUUAUACAGCCGCGGACUUCCCAGAUUCGGCUCUUUAAGAAACGCGUCAAAUACAAAAUUAAAGUAAAAAUGAACAUGCUGCAUACAGCACCUGGAAACAGACAUACGCUGCGUCCCAAACCGCCUACUUCCAUACUAUAUAGUAGGCAAAGAGUACGAGAAGUAGGGCUUUUCGCCUACUAUGUAGUAUGGAAGUAUGCUGUUUGGGACGCAGCCAUUACUAUUUUACCCGCAGCUUUUUCCUGUGUGGAUGCUGGUCACGCGCAUUGGUCAAAAAUAAAAAAAUUAAAAUAACACGUCUAUUUUUGAAAUGCAUUGUUGUAACGCGCUCGUUACUAAGACUGUAACGAGUAAAAUAUUACCAAAAUUUUAUUAGUAAUGCGUUAUAUUACUGCGUUACAGCAAAAACUAAUAUAUUACUGUAAUAUAUUAUAUUUUGUAAUGCGUUACUCCCAACACUGCUAAUAAGCAUAUGUUUAUUCAUCAAAUAUAUUGCCUCAUCAUUGCUUUCACUGUAAUUUCAUCGUUCAGGCUCAACGCAAAUAAUUUUUUAUACUGGCCUAGUCGGUCCAGUGGUUCAGGUUUUCACUUGCCCUUAGAGAUGUUCCGAUGCCAUUUUUCUCUUCUCGAUACUUAUACUUGGGCUCAGGGUAUCAGCCGAUACCGAGUACCGAUCCGAUACCUAGGUGUGUAUCUGUAUUACAACUGUACAUACUACUAGCCCUUUAUGAAUGGAUAUAACUAUUUUAUGGUGUACUUUAGUGUUGCCGCGAAUAGUCGACGAGGAAAAUUUGUCAAUGGCAAUUGUUUUUGUCGAGGAGUCGCAUAUUUAUUUUUCUCCCGUCUCAAACGGCAAACUGUAAUUCUGUCUCCUGUCUCAAAUGGCUCAAUGUUAUUCACCUCCACACCAGUCUGUGCGCUGUGCGUGCCCUGCUGGUUAAUCUGCUACGCUAUCAUCUUUCUUCCCUCUUCCCCUGCCUUCACUGCUUUAAUUUUGAAAAAAUGGCGGUGGCAGGUGAGUCUAUGGAAUUAGGAGUCCGAAAGCUUCCAAAAAGUAUUCAAGUAUUUUAAGCCAAGUUGUGAUAAAAGAGUGGUCUGUUGCACUGUGCGAAACGUCUCUGGCUUAUCACGGGAGCACAACGACAAUGCACAAGCAUCUUAAACGAAAACACUCGAGAGUUAUUGAUGAUGCACCCACAGAGAAGAAUAGGACAACGUAAGUAACUGUUAUAUUAUUAAUGAAACUGCAAGCUGGUCUGUACUGUUUAUUAACUCUUGAGAAGUACAAGACUCUGUUUUUGGAUGUUAAAGGCGAUCAAUGUUUCCCAUACCUUGAUUUGUUUGUGAUUCUGCUACGGAAUCAACACUGGCCGCCACAAAUAGAUUUUUCUUGAUUCCCAUUUACAUUUUAUUUUACUAUUUUAAAUGGUUCAAUUCAUUGCUGCAAGUGCUCUCUCUCUCUCUCUCUCUCUCUCUCUCUCUCUCUCUUUCUCACAUGUUGCUUGCAGCACCUCGACAGCACGUGCCUCUUGAUCACGUGACAGUGAAAAGGUGGCAGUGUUUUUAAUGUACGUUCCAACGGAUACUUUCUUUUUUGUGUAAACGUCAACAUUCAUGGAUGUUACUGACAAAGACGACUGAUCGUGUUAACAUGACUUGAAGAAAGAUUAGCAGUAGUGUGAGUCUGUGUGCGAGCUUUCUCCCUCCCUAUGAUGCGGUAUGCGUGUGCAAAUGUUCUGUAGUCUGUGUAACAACAACAACAGCGUAUUCUCUUAUAUCUCUGAAUUUGCACCGAAUUGUCUGCGCUAUAUCACUCGCAUUUAAAAUAAAAAAUGUAUAACAAAUAUAGCAGCGAUGGCGGGCCCUCGCACGUUUGUUUACCGCUACACGGUGCCUCCCAGAAACCGAUGCACGGUGGGCAAGUGCAUCAAGUGGGUAAAUAUCAGUGGACUAUUUCAUGCUGCUAUUGACCCAUUUAGGUACUGUAGGUAAAAGAAACCCCACAUUUUAGACAAACGGGGGCGCUAGUGAGCCACUAAAUAGACACGCCUUUAUCUGACCUUUUUGUCAACACUUAACAGCCGACAAAUCUGAUGUGUGUCCCAAAUUUAAAGUCAAUCUAAGCAUGCCAAGAGCCUUAAAUAUGCCUGAAAUAAAAGUAAAGUUUGAAGCGUUGCCAUGGGAACAGCGUUCGAGAUGUCAAAAAUUCCUUCGCAAUUUAGCGUCUACAAUGUCUCAGCAUCAUGUUGACCACUUCUGGUGUCAAUCGCAUGAAUCCCAUAGAUGGAGUAUUUAAAAGUUCACAGCAUGUAACUGUCAGUCUUAAAUAUGUGUAAAAAUGAAAGUAAAGUUUGACACAUUGCCAUGGGAACAGAGUUUGAGAUAUCAAAAAUCCCUUCGCAAUUUAGCAUCUACAAUGUCUCGGCAUCAUGUUGACCACUUCUCGUGUCAAUCGCAUGAAAAUCCUAGAAGGAGUUUUUAAAAGUUCACUGCAUGUAACUGUAAGGCUUAAAUAUGCCUUAAAUGAAAGUAAAGUUUAACACGUUGCUAUGGAACAGCGUUCGAGAUAUCAAAAAUCCCUUCACAAUUUAUCAUCUACAAUGUCUCAGCAUCAUGUUGAUCCCUUUUGGUGUCAAUUGCAUGAUUUUUCUAGAAGGAGUAUUUAAAAGACAAUCGGCAUCCACUGAAAGACUUAAAUAUGCCUUUAAAGUGAAAGUAAAGUUUGACGCGUUGCCAUGGGAACAGAGUUUGAGAUAUCAAAAAUCCCUUCGCAAUUUAGCAUCUACAAUGUCUCGGCAUCAUGUUGACCACUUCUGGUGUCAAUCGCAUGAAUCCCAUACGAGGAGUAUUUAAAGGUUCAAAGCAUGUAACUGUCAGCCUUAAAUAUGCUGGAAAAUGAAAGCAAAGUUUGACGCGUUGCCAUGGGAACAGCGUUCGAGAUAUCAAAAAUCCCUUCGCAAUUUAUCAUUUACAAUGUCUCAGCAUUAUGUUGACCACUUCUGGAGUCAAUCACUUUAUUUCCUCAGGAGGAGUAUUUAAAAGUUUACCGCAUGCAGAUGUAAGGUUUAAAUAUGCCUUAAAAAUGAAAGUAAAGUUUGACAGGUUGCCAUGGGAACAGCGUUUGAGAUAUCAAAAAUCCCUUCGCAAUUUAUCAUCUAUAAUGUCUCAGCAUCAUGUUGACCACUUCUCGUGUCAAUCGCAUGAAAAUCCUAGAAGGAGUAUUUCAAAGUUAACUGCAUGCAACUGAAAGGCUUAAAUAUGCCUUUAAAAUGAAAGUAAAGUUUGACACGUUGCCAUGGGAACAGCUUUUGAGAUAUCAAAAAUCCCUUCACAAUUUAGCAUCUACAAUGUCUCGGCAUCAUGUUGACCACUUUUAUUGUCAAUCGCAUGAAAAUCCUAGAAGGAGUAUUUAAAAGAACAUUGCAUGGAACUGUCAAAAAAAUUCAUCUUUGUGACUGACACACUUCCUGGCGCCUGGUGGUGGCGUUAUACCCGGGAUUCACAAUAGGCACAUCGAUGCGAUCGGAAUCUUCAGACGAACAAACAUCCCGCAUGGCAUCACAAUACGAUAUUUUUUGCCUCAGAUAUUAGACACUUCCUGUUUCUCUGAUUUCGCUAUAAAUUUGUCGCCUCGCCAUGGCAGGACCGUUCGAGAUAUCAAAAAUCCCUUCGCAAUUUAGCAAGUACAAUGUCUCGGCAUCAUCACCACGUUUGGUGUCAUUUGCAUGAAUCCCCUAGGAGGAGUAUUUAAAAGUUCACCGCAUGCAUUUUUAAACAAUCCAAAAUAGCCAACUUCCUGUUGGGCAGAGCUAAAAUGUUAGAGGGCGAAAGUUGUUUGGGUCGAUGAGAUCUAUAUGCGUACCAACUGUCGUACAUGUGCGUACAUGUUUUGCCCGAUCUGUGCAACAUUGUUUGUUUUUGCAUUACAGGGGGCGCUACAGAGCCCCCCUGCCACGCCCGAGUUCCAGCCUUUGCCCGGUCCUAAUGGCCGACGACUCUGACGUCUCUGCCAAAUUCCAAGAGUUUUUGAGUAUGUUAAGGCACCCAAAAUGCCCCAAAAUGUAAAAAAAAAAAAUCAGAGCAAAAACAAUAGGGCUUCGCACCUUUCGGUGCAGGCCAUUCUCAGUGCUCGGGCCUUAAUUAUAAGAAGAGCAACAGCAGUAAAGCUACAAUGUAAAUGUAUGGUGAUUUUGUCAGACAAUGUUGCAUAUCUAAAUCAGGAUUUUAGCAGCAGUUAAAGGAACAGGUGGUUGGAUUAAACACUAGGUGUAAUGGGUCGUGUUUAGUCACUAUUUUAUAGGCUACUCGUUUUAUGUCUGUCAACAGAACAGAUCAUUUGUAAAAUAGCAUUCAGUUGUGUUAAAAUGCAAAAUAAUGUUAUAGAUCAAAGAGUAGAAGUGAAACAUUUCAUAUAUAUAUUUCAUAUAUAUAUUUAAUUUGUACAAUAAAGAGAGUGUUAUUAUUCAUUUAAUUCAAUUUCUGUACCUAAAGCUAAUUCUAGACCUUACUUAAUGUGCAACUUUGUUCUUUUUUAUAAGUGUUUGUAAUUUCCCACCUUUUUUUUUUUGCUGAUCUGAAAAACGAUUCGAUCCGUGCCUCAAAAAACGUAACGUGAUCCGAACCGUGAGUUUUGUGAUCCAUCACAGCCCCAUAAAAACAUGAAAUUUCAGCCUCUCUCUCUCUCGUAUGAGAAGGAAGAGACUGAGGUACCCUCUUUCUCCUGUUACCUCAUUAUCUUUAAUGAGCUGACAUCAUUUUAAAGAACAAACUGUAGACUACUAGUUCGUGUUUUGAAAAGUCUUGUGUUUUGUGAUAUAAGUCCACAGGUUUUGUGGACUUAUAUCAGUGACUUAAAAAUUAGCUUUUUCAAAAACCAUGCAUAACCCUCUGGGGUCUAAGGGGUUUUUAGGGCCCUGGGGAAUUUUUGACAUGCACUGACAUUUGUGCUUUUUUCAGUUGCUUAAAAACAUAUUAAUGGCAAAAGUCUCAUAACACCGUGUUCAUCACAAACUGGGCUACAAUAUCAUAUAAUCAACAUGUAUGUACAUGUUUGUAUUUUUGAGAGAAAAAUGUUUAUGCGUGGUUUUUGAAAAAGCAAAAUUUUUAAGUCACUGAUAUAACACCACAAAACUCAUUCUAAACAUGUUUUCCCAAGACUUUUCAAAACAGGAUCUAGUAGUCUAGAGUUUUUUCUUCAAAAUGCUUUUAAAAUCAUAUGGCCUACUCAAUCACAUAAAGCAAGAUAUUGAUUUACAAUUUCUAAGACAGUUUAGCUUGGGAAAGGCUGUAUGCGUGGAGGUGGGAAAGCUCCUGAAUAAUCAGUGAUUGACAGCUGAGAGACAAAAGAGUUGAAUAAUGAGCCACAUAAUGAGCCUUUAUUUGUAGUAAAACUAUGAUAGGGUUUACUUUUCAAUAUAAUGUAAACAUUUAUAUAUAUAUUUCUAUUGAAAUAUUUUCUAUUAAUUUCACAAGUAUAAGUAACCUUUUAAAAACCAUAGUAGCCUAAUCAUGGUAAAGAUACUGUUUGGCCAUCGUAAAAUGAACACACUUCAACACAGGGUUAGUGUUUGGUUGGCCAGCGAGAGGUUUACUUUUGUGCAGUAAAAAGCUCAAAAGAACAACUGCCUAUCGUUGUCUGGACUUUUAUUUGUGUUUUGUAAUCAUUAUAGUAGAAACACAACAAGGGACACGCGUGGUAAACUUAUCAAUGUUUGUUUACAGCCGCCGCCAUUACCUCACGUGUUGAUCAUGAAAGCAGUGAAUGUGUGCACAUGCGAGUGAUCAUGUGUUUAAUAAACUUGCUGUUCGGAGAUAUGCGCUUCGACGCAACUAAAUAAGGAUUGUACUGUUUGCAAUCGCGUAUUUUAUAAGAAUACCAAAAAGCGCGUCGAGUUUCCUGACUCGCGUGUUUGUGUAUGUGCGUUCCAAUCGCGUGAACUGUUUAACGGAAGAACAAAGAAAACACUCGCGUCUGGAGAUACUGACACACAUACGCAAGGAAAUAAGGAUUUAGAUGUCAUGUUUGGUGCAAUCGGAUGGAAAUACAAGGAAUGGAGAGACUGGAUUGUGGAUUGCAUAUCCAUUGACUGCAGGAGGCACGAGUCAUGCAUAUGGAUGUUUCUGCUUGUUCACUUCAAUGGCGCGGGGGUGUGGCGAUCUCUUCUCAUUACAGAUAAUGAGGUAACUGGAGAAAUACAGUACUUUUCCUCCUUCUCAUACAGUUUACACCGAAUGACAAUAUCUGUUUUCAGUAUCACUUACAUCAUUUAAAAGGAGACAUUCCAAGCAUUAUGUAUACAUUUAUCCUUUGUUUCUACGACAAGUAUUCGUUAAGUUACAGUUUAUUUUUCUGACGCGUUUCUGAAAGGACUUCACUGAGGGAGAGAGAACAGAACGUGCAUCAUGUUUAUUUUCUUAAUUUUGCGAAAAGCACAACAUUCUGUUUUUAUUGGGAGUGGACAGAAAAAAACUAGACACUUUAACGUUUUAAAUGAUGUAUAAAUCAUAUCUGUAUGUAAAAAAUCAGCAAAGUAAUUUAAGUCUCUUUGCUGAGUGAUUGAAAAAUAAAGAGUUUGCGGCGCCCGCGCCGCCGUCGACCCCAGAGUGAUAAAAAUGUUUCUCUCAAAAAUACAAACAUGUAUAUGCAUGUUACUCGCAUAAUAUUGAAUCCCAGUUUGUGCUGAACACAGUGUUUUGAAACUUUUCCCAUUAUUAUGUUUUUAAGCAACGGAAAAAAGCACAAAUAUCAGUGCUGGUCAAAACUUUCCUAGGGCCUUAAAAACCCCUUAGACCUCAGAGGGUUAAGUUAAAUAAUAUUUUUUUCCUAAAAGCAGUUUUUCCUAAAAAAAGUGUAAGGUAUUUGGACUAAGAUCUUGUUGCUUUAACAACGUUUUCACUAGCAGAUGGAAUCAUAUUUAGGUGUUUCGAGCACUUUGAUCGAGUGAAUCAUUUCUCGAAGCAAUUGGUUCAAGUGAUUUGAAGCUUCGAAGAACUUUGUUUCUCCCAUCACUAAUGUGCUCUGGCUGCUUCCUUUUACUGUGGGUUCACACCAGCUGCGUUUGAGGCGUCAAAUUCGCGUGUACCGCGUCUAGUUUGCCGCUUGAACAUUUGAGUACUCGCUUCAUUCACGAGUAAAAUUCUAGUUAUCGAGACAUUCAUACGGAAAUCCGCGUCAUGGGAGGGGCUUUUGCGACUCUGCUCACUUUCUGUAAUCACGUCACUACUAAAGCAAGCUCCUGAUUGGUUAACGCAGCGCGUUUUCCGGCAAAGUUCAAAAUUUUCAACUCACUCGUUUCCUGCGGCAACGCCUCAUUUGCGCAAACGAGGCGAAAUCGCAUCUGCAGUGCAGCUCUAAACGCCUCAUUUGCGCUGCGAGACAUCCAGACGCAUCCUUGACCUAACGUUGAAAUCACUCGUGCUUGACGCCUUUACCGCAGCUGGUCUGAACGCAGCAUAUUGUGGCUCUUUCUAUUUCCUUAAUGUGAUUACUCACAUGACAGGCAGACCAGGCAUAAUAAAAGACAUACUAACAUAAAAUAGCAAAAUGAAUAAAAUUGCCAAGAAAACAUGUAAAACCUAUUAAAACUGAAAUAUAGAUAAAAUCCCAAUAUACUGCAUAUGAUGAGCGGUAAAACAUGUUUCCUGUGUGACAACAUCAAAUCAUUUCUAAACUUACUGUCUGUGUGUGUUUUUGUCUUGAGGUGGAUUGUAGUGAAUCUUCAGUGUAUAACGUGACUGAUGAUGGGAGUCUGGAUUCAGUGUGGAUGAGCAGAGAUCAGAGCCGCACACCACAGCCACUGCUGGACUCUAAACUCUCUGAAGAGAAAUCCAGACACACACAGGACUCCGAGCUCAGUCUGACUUUACUCUGUUAUACUGAGUCAAAGGCCACAGACACUCAGGACACUACAGUGUGUGACAGUAAACGGAGCUUACAGGAUGAUCAAACCUCCACAGAGUCUCUGGAUUCUGUCUGUAACGCUGGAGAACAGCAGCAGAUCCUGCAGACCACACUGAAGAUGUGUUCAGUCAAACUCAUCGACUGCACGAAUCUCAUGAUAAAGAUUAAAACUGAACCCACAGAAAUAAAAACUGAACCCACAGAAAUAAAAAAUGAACCCACAGAAAUAAAAACUGAACCCACAGAAAUAAAAACUGAAACCACAGAAGAGGAAGAUUGCACUGAGGAAGAUGAUGAUUUUAUUCCAUCAGAUGUGAAGAGUGAUUCAUGUUUGGAUAUAGAAAUAACGUCCUCAAAAUCAAAAGAGCGACUGACAGCACAAAAUCUUUCCUGCAUCACCUGUGGAAAGACAUUCAGAUCACAAAGACUUUUAGAGAGACAUGAGAGAAAACACACAGAACAGAAACUCUUCACCAGAUCUGAGAUCAGCUUUACUACCUUACAAGAGAAGAAACUUAAUUCAGAAGAGCAGAAAGAGAAGAGGAAGAAGAAGAAGAAGCAGUUUCACUGUGAGAAGAGUUUUAGUCAACGGUCAAACUUACUUCAGCACCAGAGAACUCAUACAGGUGAAAAACCUUACAAAUGUUCUCAGUGUGACAAGACAUUUAAUUAUUCAUGUCACUUGAAAGUCCAUGAGAGAAUUCACACUGGAGAGAAACCUUAUCACUGUAAUGUCUGUGAGAAGAGUUUUAGUCAACGGUCAAACUUACUUCAGCACCAGAGAAUUCAUACAGGUGAAAAACCUUACAAAUGCUCUCAGUGUGACAAGACAUUUUCUCAGUCAGGUCCUUUAAAAUCCCAUCAGAGAGUUCACACUGGAGAGAAACCUUAUAACUGUAGUGUCUGUGGUAAGAGUUUUAGUCAACAUGGCAGUUUAGUGUCACACCAGAGAACUCAUACAGGUGAAAAACCUUACAAAUGCUCUCAGUGUGACAUGACAUUUAAUUAUUCAUGUCACUUGAAAGUCCAUGAGAGAAUUCACACUGGAGAGAAACCUUACGUCUGCUCUCAAUGUGGAAAGGGCUUCACUGAUUCAUAUCGAUUAAGAGUUCAUCUAAGAGUUCAUACUGGAGAAAAACCUCAUUACUGUAAUGUCUGUGGGAGGAGUUUUAGUCAACGGUCAAACUUACUUAAGCACAAAUGCUCUCAGUGUGAUGAGAUGUUUGCUCAGUCAGGUUCCUUAAAAUCCCAUCAGAGACUUCAUACGGGAAAGAAACCUUAAAAGAAUACUUUAGAUAAUUUACUCAACUCCAUGUCAUCCAAAAUAUGUAUGUGUUUCUUUGUUCAGUUGAGAAGAAAUUAAGUUUUUGAGAAAAAAAUUGCAGGAUUUUCCUCAUUUUAGUAAACCCCAAUUCUUUACAGUUACAACGCAGUUCCAAAGCGCUCUAAACGAUCGCAAACAAGGAUUAAGGGCAGGGCUCCAGACUGACAUUUGAGAAGGAUGGUACUGGCAACCACUCAAGUUGUACAGCUGGUGGCGCUGGGCCUCAUUGUGGUGGCACCAAUCACUGAGCGGUGUAAAAACAAAAGAGAAACACUAAAACGAAGUCCAAACAUGUUUAAUGCAUUAAUAAAUUCUAGGGCAGUCAAAAAAUGAAUUGUGAUUAAUCGCAUACAGAAUAAAAGUUUGUGUUUACAUAAUAUAUUUGUGUGCAUUGUGUGUAAUUAUUAUGUAUAAAUAAAUACACACAUGUAUAAAUUUUAUCAUUACAAGUGUCAGUGACUACCAGGAACAGGCUUGUCAACAACCAAGAAAAGGGUUGAUGACUUCUGGAGAGACAGAUAGGAGCUCAGGAAGACGGCAACUGGGGUGGUAUGGGCUAGCACCCCUAGCCGCAACCUCUGUGUAAAGGAACCCAAAUCUAAUUACGAAUCAAUUAAAUGAACAACACCCCCAGAGGAGCCUGAGGGGGGGAGAAUGAGAACCCCAUUUGGAUGGAUUUAAUGUAAUCCGCCAUUAACAAUGGAAAAACAACUAUGUCCUUGCGGAAAGAUCUGCAAAAAUGCAAGAGGACUGAAGAUCCAUCAGUCACAGAUGAAAUAUCUGGAGCAACGGCAAUCACCACAAUGCACAGGCCUAGUGCCUGGUGAGUCAGAGGAGGAGCAGGGCCUGGAAGCACCCUAUAAAGCCCAGAGUCUCCAAGUGGUGCAAACUGCCCCUCCAGUCAUGCAGCCUGAGAAUAGAAGGAUCAGGUGGCCUCAAGCAUGUAAAACAGCCGAGUGGCAGACGUUUGAUGAUGAUGAUGUGGAUAAGGUGCUGGAAGAGAAAGAGAAAGUGCCCUGUGCCAGAAAAAGGGAACUCUUGAGCACAUCAUGAGCUGCUGCCCAAAAGCUUUGGGUGAAGGCCGGUCUCGCUGGAGGCAUGACCAGGUACUCAAAACAAUUGCAGAGAGCAUCCAGGCUACCAUCAGCUUCAUCAGGGCUGGAGAGAAACCAGAAAGAUCUGCCAGAGUAAUAUCAGGGCUUCUGAACACUGUACAGGACUGGCAGCUGAAAGUGGACUUGUGCAGACAACUUAAGUUCCCUCAACAUGUCGUCAAUACCACCUUGAAGACCUGACAUUGUCUUGGUAUCUAAAGCAACAAAGAACCUGGUCAUGUUGGAGCUCACUGUGCCAAAUGGAGGAAGCUUUUGAGCGGAAGAGACCGAAAUAUGAAGGCCUCGUCAACGACUGCCAUAACCAAGGCUGGUAGGCAAGGUGCUUACCUGUGGAGCAGAGCAUUUGAAAGGAGAGUUAGCGAGGACCAGAGUGUGUGAAAUAUAGUCAGAGCACAGAGCUGGGUUUUUAUCCAAAGGCCGGAUCGAUCAUUCCAUCUCGCUCCGGUUCCUCUCUGAUACCACUUACAAGUCUAGGGCAUGCACAAGAAUAUAGGCUGCGUGGCGGACGCAACGAGGAGUGGGUUUGCUGCAUAUUGAUUUGCCUAUGUUAACAGUCAACUGAAAUUAACAGUCAACUGAAAAAUGUCACAGACACACUCACAGAAAUAAGCAAUUCAUUAAAGGAAUUGUUCGAAAAAUUAACUUUUUGUCUGAGUACCAUUUAUAUUGUCGCAAUUACACGUUGAUGGGCCUGAAUGGCUUGUUGAUUUUGCUGCACAUAUACUGGUCCUGGGUCAGGGUCAUCUGGCGGUGCCCCCACCUCACCAAGGAGCACCCCACCCCCAGAUUAUAUAUAUAUAUAUAAAUCGAAAUAUAUAAGCAUGUAAAUGUUUCUUAAAUACAUACAGGCAGGAGUGUGUAUUUAAAUAUACAAAAUAAUAAGACACAGUGCACACACAAAUAUUAUGCAAAAACAAUUUUAUUUUGAAUGUGAUCACACGUGUGAUCACUGAACUACGUUUUCAUUCUUGUUUAAGUAAACAUAAACAGCUGGAUGAAAGCAGUCUGUCUUGGGUCUUAAAGUGACAGAAAUGUUCAUUUCAUAACAAAUAUAUUACAUUUUUUUAAUACAGAUGCCUGAAAAGUAAAAUUAUUUUAUUAUUAUUCGUAUUUGUCAUGUUCUGAAUAAAAAGUAGUGUAAAACCACAAUUAACUGUGGAGCAAAAAUCUGCCUUUUAAUUUGACAGGAAUCAAGAUUUGUAAUUUAUCAUGAUAAUUAUCGAUAUCGGCUGAUAUGGAAAACUACGCUGCAUGGAUAACUACUUUAAAGAGAACGGCCUAGACUGGCAGAACUGUGUUGGGGUGUGCAGGGAAGGUGCAGGGUCAAUGACAGGCAGGCAUCACAGUGUCGUCAGGCAGAUACUUGAUCGUGCCCCAGAAGCUAAAUGGACCCACUGUUUUCUUCACCAUGAAAGCCUUGCUGCAAAAAAAAUGUCACCAGAGUUACAUGAGGUGAUGGGUGUAAGUGUGAAAACCAUAAACUUAAUUAAAAAUAAUGCUGUGAACUCACAACGCAUCGUCACAACAAAAGUUAUGGUUCAGCUCUUUAAAACAAGAGAUUUACAUGCAGAUCAACAUUCACGAUGAGAAAUGUCAGCAAACUGGACACAGAUAUUAGGUAAGUUAGCUUGUCACUUACCGCGCUGAAGCGGAGAUCAUUCAGCAGCAUAAAAGAAUAUCACGUCACAUGCUCAUUUGAGCAUAUAAUAAACAAAAAUGCCAGCGCGUCAUCCCAACAAGGUAUAUCGUUCAGCUCCUCAAAACAGGGGUUUAAAUGCAUAUUAAUAAUCAUGAUGAGAAAUGUCUGAAAACUGGAUUAAAGCAGAGAUCAGGGAGCUCGUCAAAGAUCCACUCAGAAGUAUAUCCACACCUUGCAGUUCCCGGCAAUCAUUGGCAGUGUGAAUGAACAAAAAAAUCAAACGAUCUCGGAAAAAUCCAGGUUGCAUUUUCCGGAAUGUCUGUUUGAAAAGGGCUUCUGUGAAGCAGGCCCAAGUGUCUCAUUAACGGGACACUUCACCCAUUUGCAUUAAGCUUUGUAUAGUUAGAACCCCAGUCAUGUUUUUGAAUGGUCGGGCAUCAUUUCCUCAGUUGCCGCUGAGACAGGAGAAAUACAGAUUUCAGUGUUGCACUUCCUUCUUUCAAUGAUGUAAAAUCAUCAUUUUGCAUCAUUGAAAGAAGGAAGUGCAAUAUCUUUGUUGAGAGGGUGAGACUACAAACACCAAAUUCUAAAUGUAUGUUACAUUUCGACUACAUAUAUGACACACUUUCAAUAAAGAUUAAUGUUUCUACGGGUGAAAUGCUCCUUUAAGAGGGGAACAUAAAUAGGGAGUUGUAGCUUGUUCAAAUCGAACUGUUGUGACUGUUAUUGUUCAUUUAUAACAGAUAUGAAGAACAACUUCAGGUUCUGACAUGCAAAAAUGUAGACUACUGAAACAAUUAUUUUUAAUUAUUUUUCAGAUUAUAAAGCU